AUGCCGGACGAAUUGUCCUAUCCUGGACUCAAAUGUGUUCUGGAAUUUUUGGAGGCUAACAAAAGAAUUCACGUUUCUUCUCGAUGCCCACGCUUGAAACACAUCGAACGAUGUGUACCACUGUACUUGAACACACUCUACUUUCGAACAGGCGUUGUAAAGUUGAACGAUAUAACGUAUGCAAUUGUUGAAAGAAAAGAGCAAACAACUGUUAGUCCUCACAGUGAAUUAAAGUAUGGAGAUCUUUUGAUAGGCAAUCCGGUUUAUAUUCGAUAUUAUCCAGCUAUUAGGUUUUCAAAACAAGAAUCUCUCCUUUUCUCUCCCUAUGAAUCUGUAUUUGUGGAAAGACGUGUGCAAGAAAAGGAAGGAGUGCAAAACUAUGAGAUCAUUAGGGAAUCAAUUCAAGGAUUGAUGGGAGGAAGGAAGGACGUUCGAGUAUAUCAUCUGCUGUUUGAACAUUGUAACUCAUCGAUUCUCCGUCUUCCAUCGGAUUUCAAAGUUCGGAUUCGGAAGUUGUAUAGCGGGUAUAUCAAUCCGAAGUAUUUUCUUCCUCUGAUAGAUUCCUCUAGUUUUCCGUUGAAAGAGAUCUAUCUGUCAUUGCCGGUACAAUUAGAUCAGUCUAUAGUUCAAUCGUCAGAGAAAUUGGUCAUUUCGGUAAACGAAGAAUACUCUCGCAAUCAUUUGGAUGAUAUCUUUAACCUUCCUAAUCAAUGUGUGAUCCUUGAAUUUCUAUCACUGAGUGAAGAUGGUUAUAGCCAUAUAAUUGAUUACUGGUUGGAUAACAAACGAGAAACUAUAAAAUGCUUCAUGAUAAAGGGGAGUAAAACAGAAAGUAUGGAAGCAGCAAUCGACUUGAUGAAAAAAUAUAAUGGAAAAAUGGUGAAGUGGAAUGGAACAGAGUUUAGAUCGAACUCUAACACCAACUACAUAUCAAUUCCUUUCAAUGAUGACUUCGUUAUUGGAAUUUAUGCAGUUUCUCAUAGAGAGCGACGGAUCUCAGAUCAUCAAAUUGUGAUGAAGACAAUGCCAAUUAAUUCAUUCAUUCCAGCGGAAGAAUUCUCUAAUGACAAAACGCUUAUAGAAAUUGAGCACCUCGAGAGAAAGAGAGAAGACUAA